GUCGACCUGAUCGCGCCGAAGGUCAUGGCGCGGGGCGUCUACGGCUUCCCGUUUCCCGAUCCAACCAAAAUCGAGACCGCCGUGUCGUACCUCCGACACCGCUUCCACGUGGCGCUACAGCGGUGGCCGUUCCUCGCCGGCCAGGUCGUGCAGGACGAGGGCGACACGCAUCACAAGCUGGUCUUCUCGCACGAUCCCGACGACUUCAGCAUCAACAGCUUCCCCGACGAAGUUUUUGACUUCCAGGUCCUGGGGACGAGCGACUUUGCGUGGACAUACGACGAGCUCAGCAUGAACCGUGUCCUGCCGUCCGCUCUCACCAGGGGCGUGUUCUCUCUCGAGCCCGACAACCCGGCCGUGGGCCGGCCGAACUACCCUGCCGCGCUGCGGGUGUCCUUCAUCGACGGCGGCCUGCUGCUGUGUUUCUCGCUCGACCACCGCGUCGUCAACGGCGUGUCGGUCGUGCAGUUCGUCACCUUCUUCUCGAGCGCCGAGACAGCGGGGUUCGACGCCGCGUACUUUAACGACCUGCUGGAGCGCAGACAGGCCAUCAACACUAUCCAGGGUGGAACGGCGGUGGCCGACCUCGCCCACUUCCCCAAUCUCGACGUGCCCACAACAACACCCCUAGCGCCCCGCAACGCGAACCUGCCGAGCGUUGCGCGGAUCCUCGCCUUCUCGGCGGCAACAAUCGACAGCCUGCACGCCAAGUCGCUGCAGCACGUCAAACGAUGCCACGACGCGGCGGCGUUCCUCUCCAGGCCCGACGUGCUCGGCGGCCUGGUGUGGCAGCACGUGCUGCGCGCGCGGCGGCCGCGGCUGCAGCCCGACGAGACGGCGCGCUUCGCCAGCGCGUGCGACCUGCGCACGCGCAGUGCAGAUCCGAGCAUCACCGGGCCCCCGGCCUACUUUGGCAACAUGUUCGUGCGGUCGACGGCCAGCGGCACGGUGCGCGACCUCGCGCCCGCGGCCGAGGCGCGCCGCCCUGUCACGCUGCAGCGCGUGGCUGAGACGGCGUGGCUCGUCCGCCGCGGCGUCGCCACGCUCGGAGACCCGCAGGACGUGGCGGCCGCGGUGCGGUUGUGUGGUGUUGCUGGCAGCAGCAACGCGUUCACGUACGACCUCGACAAGGGUCGCACGGGGCUCAGCAAUUCCAUCACGACCCGCAUGGGCGCUGAUCUUGUGUUUGCCUACGUCCCGGGCGUGCGUCCCGGCCCCCCCGGCUGGGUUCGCAAGACGUACUCGCCUACCGAGGGCUCCAUGAACAUCCUGCCGCGCCGGGGCGGCGCCGCGGGCGCUGCCGACUGCGAGGUCUCUGUUGCGCUGCGGGUGGACGACAUGGACAGGAUUUGUGCUGCGCAGGAGCUGGGACAGUAU